AGCUCAUAGAUAUGAAGAACCUAAUCGGAAGGAGUCAAUUGGUGCAGCAAUGGCGCCGUGGAAUAACCAGUGAGAGCUUGACGACUCGCCCGAGUAUCGAGUCGACGACAUCAUCUGCAUCGGCUAGCGAACUCCAGGCGAAGCCUUACGAGGAUAUUCCCGGCCCGAAGCCCCUGCCGAUCCUCGGCAACACCUGGCGACUCUUCCCCGUGAUCGGGCAGUACACCAUUUCCGACACCGCGCGCAUAUCUCAGCUAUUUUAUCAACACUACGGGAAGAUAACGAGGCUGACGGGGCUGAUUGGCAGGCCGGAUCUAUUGUUCGUUUACGACGCCGAUGAAAUCGAAAGGGUUUACAGGCAGGAGGGGCCAACGCCCUUCAGGCCUUCCAUGCCCUGCCUCGUGAAGUAUAAAGGAGAGGUCAGGAGGAGCUUUUUCGGCGACCUGCCCGGAGUCGUUGGCGUACAUGGCGAACAGUGGCGGGAAUUCAGAACGCGAAUCCAAAAACCGGUUCUGCAGCCGCAAACAGUCAAAAAGUACAUAACACCUAUUGAAGUGGUUACUAACGACUUUAUGAAAAGAAUCGAAGAUAUCAAAGACGAGAAGGAUGAAGUACCCGCCGACUUCGACAAUGAGAUUCACAAAUGGGCCUUGGAAUGCAUAGGAAGAGUCGCUCUUGAUGUGAGAUUAGGCUGUUUGGGCGGCGAACUGGCGCCAGACUCCGAGCCUCAGAAGAUUAUCGACGCGGCUAAAUACGCGCUUAGGAACGUCGCCACCCUCGAGCUUAAAGCUCCUUACUGGAGGUACAUACCGACACCCCUUUGGACACGAUAUGUUCGCAAUAUGGAUUUCUUUGUCGAAGUAUGCAUGAAAUACAUCGAUGCAGCAAUGGAGCGAUUGAAAGAAAAGAAGAAAAAUGGUGCCGAAGUGCACGAAUCAGAAUUAUCUCUCAUUGAGCGAAUACUUGCCAAAGAAUCAAAUCCAAAAAUGGCAUACAUUUUGGCCCUUGACCUCAUACUAGUUGGAAUUGACACCAUUUCUAUGGCAGUUUGUUCAAUACUCUAUCAGUUAGCCACUAGACCCGUGGAGCAAGAAAAGAUUCAUGCGGAGUUAAUGAGAAUCGUCCCUGAUUCCAAGAUUCCUCUAACGACCAAAGAUCUCGAUCAGGCACAUUAUAUGAAGGCCUUCAUUAAAGAAGUAUUCAGGAUGUACUCGACCGUCAUUGGAAAUGGAAGGACUCUGCAGAGUGAUAUGGUUAUAUGUGGAUAUCACGUGCCUAAAGGGGUUCAAGUCGUAUUUCCUACUUUGGUGACUGGAUGCAUGGAGGAGUACGUGGAAGACGCGGGGUCCUUCAAGCCCUCACGCUGGUUAAAGGAUGCCAAUGAGCAGAAACUCCAUCCCUUCGCCUCGCUUCCUUAUGGCUAUGGGGCUCGCAUGUGUCUUGGGCGGAGAUUUGCCGACCUUGAGAUGCAAGUUCUCCUCGCUAAGAUAUUACGAGAAUAUAAAAUUGAAUAUAGAUAUAAUCCACUCAAAUAUAAAGUGACGUUUAUGUACGCACCAGAUGGAGAACUGAAAUUCAAUAUGAUUAAUCGAAAUAGAUGAAGAUAAAUGAACGUUAGAUUAAUUUAUAAUGUAGAUAUGUGCAAUAAAUUUUAUUUUAUUGUUUGCCUACACUUUUGGAGAAAAAUAUUUUAAGCGAUGACAGAUAGAAAUUUCGUACAAAUUUUAUUGUCACGUACGAUAUAAUAUUUUCAUGCGAAAUGUA